UCCUCGCGCCGCCUUCCUCAUCUCCCCGAUCUCCUCUACCAGGCGCCCUCCUCGCGAUCCUCCCGUCGUGUCCUCGCACCACAGCCUCUUCUCCCCGAUCUCCUCUGUGACCCAGGCGCUGGGCGACCCCGGUGACUCCUCCGUACUCCGGCCGCGAGGUCGCAUCAGACGCCGGCUGCUCCUCCGCGGCCUCACGCCCUGCCGGCGACGAGGACACGGAUUGAGAAAGAUCCCUUGGAAGACAGGUAUAAAUGGGAAAUGCAAGUAGUAAAAGAAACAAACAGGGUGAGGCGAAAAGCGUGCCUCAACAAUCUCUGCAUGUGCAGAUAGAUAGACAAAGCAGUGCAGAGGACAUGGACGCGACAAGCCUCACCAGAACCGCUCUUCGUGAUGACACAAGGUCUCCAGGCAACCACAAAGGAACAAAGGAACCUCACUUAGGAAAUUUCCUUGAAACCCACCCACACCCUGAAGUUCAUGUCUCGGAAGUUGACCAUCUUGACGCGAUUAGUGGAGUGCUCGCGACAAGUGGCAAAUCAGAAGGACCUAACAAUGUAAAUUCAAAAAGCAUCACAACCACAGUGGGGAAUGCAACCAAUUUGCAACGACCCCCUCUUGGUGAUAUCUCUAACGUUGGCAUUCAUUCCAAAUGUGGCUCAGUGGUCUCAGAGAAGCACCAAAUCAAGAGGAUCUCGCAAUGUAAAUCCAAAAGACAUCACACCCGCACUGAGGAAUGCAACUAAUUUGCAACGACACCCUCUUGGUGAUAUCUCUAACCUUGACAUGCAUUCCCAAAGGAUCACAGUGGUCUCAACAAGCAGCAAAUCAGAAGGACCUCGCAAUGAGAAUUCAAAAAACAUCACACCCGCACCGGGGAAUGCAACAAAUUUGCAACGACACCCUCUUGGUGAUGUCUCUAAUGUUGACAUGCAUUCCCAAAUGGGUUCAUGCUUGCUCAACAAGCCCAAUGGACCCCACAUGGAAACGAUGUUGCGUGGACAGACAAACACCCACCCACCCCCUCCUGGUCAUGUCCUCGAUGUUGAUCGGCCUACCCAGACGAGUGGAGUUGUAGAUGAACCAUCCAUCUCAGAUGAUGAUGAUUCAUUACCUACUCCUAUUGCUAUCACAGCUGCUAAUGGUGCAGAUCUAGCAGAGAGUUCUACCGAUGGAGAUACAACAGCAAAAUCUAUUGCCAUUAGUGACAGUAGACAAGCUAAGAGGGCACACGAUAGAGAACGCAAAAGGGCAUACGAUAGAGAGCGCAGAGAGAAAUUGACCAGCGAACAAAGAGAGCAGAUAAAUGCACGGAGGCGAGACGCUUAUCGUAGGAAAAAGGAGUUGGGACCCAAAUUCCUAGAAGAACAAAAUCGGAAGACACGGGAACAACGCAAGCAAAGACGAGAUAGCUUAACUGCUGAGGAGAGAGCGGAUAUGAGUGCUGAAAGAAAGACAAGAUACAUGUCUAGGAAAAACACCCCGUGCCCUGAAUCCAUUGCAAUGCGACGUCUAGAUUUACCUACUACAUCUGCGGCCAAUCAGUCUUUGCACAGUAGUGCAUCACCUGUGUCAACGAAUAUGGCAGGACACACCUUCAAAUCUGAUGGUAAUUCACUCCAUCUGCAGUUCACUUCACUUCUUAUAUCCGCCCAGGUUGAAUUUGAGUGCAUCACCACGCCUGCAACCUUUGCAGAUUCGUUGUCUGCGAAAAUGUGUCAGCAGCUCGUGGCCCCACAUACAUUCGCAACAUCGAAACCGAUGGUGCCUAUCUAAGCAGAACCUUAGGUGAUGGUGCUAUAGAUGGCAACCUCAUAACAAUCAAUGAGCACCUCACAAGUGUCGACCAGCAAACCAGUGAUCCGCUAACAAUAGCGGAUAAUGGAGCUGACGAGCAGAGGCAUGAGUCCAGAGCAAAGCAUAGGACGAGAGAGCGAUCUUGCAAGGGAAAUAUG